AUAUAAACACAGUUAAUUUCCGAUAUUAUGGCUGUUGAAAAAUUCCACUCUGGUACUCGUCUUUUUCUUUCAAAAUAAACCACAAUCAUUACAACUCUUGAAAUUUCUCGUCAAAGGAACAUGUAAAGCUAAUUCAGGGUUUGCUGGUGUUGGGAUAUAUUAUCCCGGCCUAUUACUGUUCAGGAGCCCAAGACAUUACCCAGUACGGAGCUCGAGCAGAUAGGCCCAUUUUGGCCCAUUAGGCCCAAUAUUGGCCCGUUUGGCCCAUUAGGGUGGAGAGCACUCUUUCCCCUUUGUCUAUAAAUAGGGAGUUUAGCCUCCAAAUUAUGGAUCUUCUUCUUCUUCCUUCUUCCUCUAGAAUAGCUUACAAGACUCCAUUAAUGGGAGCUCAAAAUGUAUUAUGUAAUGGUGAGGAGAGUCCUAAUGAGAAAGAGACGGCUUGGACAUUAGCCUAAAAAGUCCCGUGGUUUUCUCCCUUUCCGGGUUUCCACGUAAAAAUAGCUUGUUCAUACACAUUUAUACAUAUAUUUACUAUAUCGUGUUGGAUUAAACUCAACACUGGCGCCGUCUGUGGGAAUCUGUCAAAAAAGAUUCAUGUGUUCUACACAAAUUUCAUACGAGAAUGCACUGAUUUCAGCAAGAAGAAGAAAAAAUCUGGAACCGCGGUCUUGGGAAGCCCCGGAUCUGAGGCAGUAAUAUGGCUGCCAGCAGUACCUGCCCAAUCGACCAAGCAAGGAGGAAGAAGGGAGGAAAAAUGGAAGAAUCUGGGUUUCUCCCUGAUUUAAGCUGGAAGCGUCUGUCACCUCCUGCGGCCGUGUAUCGUCUGGAGCUGACUGUCCUGCUGGAGUUCGCUGAAUACGGUAGAAGAUCACCACGACGACCCAGGUUUCGUUGCACCGCUGAUGGUCCGCCGCCGCCGCCGCCGGCCGGAGAGUUCACCGUUCCUCGGGACUCGCCCGGUGCCGCACCCAUCACUGGCAACUCCCAGGUCCGUUUAAACCAGUCCCCACGAACCCAGUGGUUCUUGACGAUCUGCAGGGGCGGAGUAGUACUCAGGGGAGAUGGCGGAGAAAGAAAAUCGGACCCUGACAGCCACUCCUCCGCCGCAGACGCUCUGCUUCUUCGCCGGUCCUGGCUCGCCUCUCUACUGCCGCUGCAGCGCCAUCGCCUGACGCCGACCCUUUCUCCGUCUCAGCUCAACCUCCAGCCAGAUGUCGAUACCUCCGACGUUUGGCCUUGGGUUGGUGAACCGUUGCUUCAGCCAGCUUUCCAGAGGAUAUGGGGUACUGCACAUCAACCAGAUGCCUUGGUGCUCAGCAGACCACGUCCGAGAGAUAAGGGCCAGGCAGUGGAGAGCCAAUUUUCUUUGGAGGAACUUUGACCGGGUCAAAAUUGGGGAAAUGAGCUCAAUCUUCACUACUGCAAG